AUGACUCUUAUACUUUUGUGGCUAGUGGUGCUUCGUUUUUGCAUCGUCAGCUUAACCUUGGAACCUCAGUGCACUCUGCAGAAUCAUUUUGAGCCAGGAUUCAUGGCUGAUGGAGACUUUGUCAUUGGAGGCAUUUUCCCCUUGCAUUACAAUCAGGAAAUGCCAGAUCUGAAUUGCACAUUUAAACCGGGACCAGUGAUGUGUAAUGGGUUUGAUCCCAGAGCUUUCCGCUGGGCUCUGACUAUGAAGCUUGCUGUGGAGGAAAUUAAUAACAGUAGUGAACUUCUACCUAACCACACUCUAGGUUAUAAAAUAUUUGAUUCCUGUGCAUAUCCUUUAACUGGUCAGAGAGCAGCUCUGGCUGUUAUGAAUGGACCGAAGGAAGCAGACAGAAAUGUGUGCUCAAAUGCUAGCCCAAUGCUUGCCAUCAUUGGUGAAUCUGGGUCAGCUCAAUCUAUUGUAUUGUCUAGAAUUUUGCGACCUUUCAGAAUACCAAUGAUCAGUUACUUCUCAUCAUGUGCUUGCCUCAGUGACAGAAAAGAAUUCCCCACCUUCUUUAGGGUCAUCCCCAGUGAUGCGUACCAGGUGAAAGCCAUUGCCAAGCUACUGAUACAUUUCAACUGGACAUGGGUAGGUGUCAUUAGAGGUGACCAUGCAUAUGGACGAUCUGCCCUGCAGGGACUACUUAAAGAGCUGGAGGUUACAAGUGUAUGUGUGGCCUAUCAGGAGAUGAUUCCCCUGUAUUAUGAGAGUAAGAGAGCAAUAGAGAUCAUGCGUGUGAUGAACAGCUCUAGUGCUCGAGUAGUAGUCGUGUUUUCAGCUGAGGGGGAGCUCACACCCUUUCUAAAAGACUAUAUGAAACUAAAUAUUACUGGUAUUCAGUGGAUUGCGAGUGAGGCCUGGGUAACAUCUUCAGUGUUCACAGGAAGUGAGUACUACCCCUUCUUGGGUGGCACAGUUGGGUUUGGCAUACGGCAGGGCUAUAUUCCAAAGCUGCAAGGCUAUCUAACGAUGGUUAACCCACAUCUGUACCCAUCCAACACCCUGGUGCAUGAACUGUGGGGUGUUCUCUAUGGCUGCUCUCCCUUUUCCUCAUCUCCCCUUAAUACUCAGCUGCCUCUGUGUACUGGCCAAGAGACACUAAACAAGCAACACUCAGCUUACAUGAACACAUCCACUACGCGCAUUUCUUAUAAUGUAUACAAAGGCAUAUAUGCGAUUGCUUACUCCCUCCACAAUUUAAUUUCCUGCAAACCUGAAAAUGGCCCAUUUAAUAAGUUCAUGUGUGUGGACAGCACUAAAAUCUAUCCAUGGCAGUUCCAACAGUACCUACAAGAAGUUGCAUUUACUAUCUCAGGUGAAAAGGUCAACUUCGAUAUGAAUGGUGACUCAAUCCCAUCCUACGACCUGAUCAACUGGCAGAAGGGCACAGCUGGCAAUGUUGAGCUUGUCAAAGUGGGCAUGUAUGAUGGGGCUCAAGAGGCUGGAAGUGAACUGGUCAUUUAUGACACGGCUAUCACAUGGGCCAGAGAUAAGAGUGAGGUGCCAGUCUCUGUUUGCAGUGCCAGCUGCCCUCCAGGAUUUAGGAAGGCUGUCCGUCAAGGGGAGCCUUUGUGCUGUUUUGACUGUGUAUCAUGUGACAGUGGCACAAUUAGUAAUCAGACAGAUUCAGUAGACUGCAUGGCCUGUCCUGAAGAUUACUGGUCCAAUGCAAAUGGAACAGAAUGCAUUCCUAAGGUCAUUGAGUUUCUUUCGCAUGAUGCAAUGGGAUUGACAUUGACAUUUAUUGCUGUUGUAGGUGCCUGUGUCACUUUAGCUGUGUUUGCAGUUUUUCUCUAUCACAGAAACACUCCUAUUGUGCGAAUGAAUAAUUCAGAGCUGAGCUUUUUUAUCCUGUUCUCCUUGUCCCUGUGUUUCCUGUGUGCAUUGAUCUUUAUUGGGGAGCCCACUUCAUGGUCAUGCAUGCUACGCCACACUGCUUUUAGCAUCACCUUCUCACUCUGCAUCUCCUGCAUUCUGGGUAAAACCUUAGUGGUUCUUGCUGCUUUCACGGCCACCCAGCCUGGAAACAAUUUGAUGAAAUGGCUGGGGCCUACACAGCAGAGGAUCAUCAUAUUUAUCUGCACCCUGGUCCAGAUGCUCAUCUGUGCUGCAUGGCUCAUAUUCUCCCCUCCACUGCCUUAUAGAAACACACGGUAUCAGCGCUCUAAGAUUAUUUUAGACUGCAGAGUGGGGUCUGAGCUGGCAUUUUGGUGUGUGCUCGGCUACAUUGGCAUUUUGGCCUGUCUGUGUUUCAUUUUGGCCUUUCUGGCUCGUAAAUUGCCUGGAAAUUUUAACGAGGCUAAGUUUAUUACAUUUAGCAUGUUAAUAUUUUGUGCAGUGUGGCUGGCAUUUAUACCUGCCUAUGUAAGUUCACCUGGUAAAUUUACUACUGCAGUUGAAAUAUUUGCUAUUUUAGCUUCAAGUUUUGGGCUUCUUUUGUGCAUAUUUGCUCCAAAGUGUUAUAUUAUUUUGCUCAAACCUGAAAAGAAUACCAAACAGCAUCUAAUGGGAAAAUUAUAA